AUGGAGGGGCCGCAGGCCGCUGUGGAGAACGUCUUCCUGCACAACUUCAGCGCGCGGCUGUGGGAGCAGCUCAUCCACCUUCACUGCACGCUGCUUAGCGACUCCGCCCUUCUUGUAGGUGCCACGCUGCACCUGCGCAAACUCGACGGGCCCAUGUGCAGCUGUUUUGAUUCCAUCCCUGUGUCCAGCUCUCUCCUUAGAGACGCUUCCCACACGACUUCCACUGGCCUUGCCCAGCGCCUAGCCAGAAAGACCAACAAACAGGCCUUUGUCAGCUAUAACCUUCCAAACACAGACGGUAACUUUGCAUUACUUGCAGAGAACAGGAUCAAGGAAGAAACGGAGGCUUUUCCGAAAAAGUUCUAG